CCCAGCCCAGCCCUCCUUGGUGCCGCCGCCGCCAGCCAGGUGCUGGUCUCCGACAGGCCGCUGGGAGGCCGCGGCGGAGCGGAACCUGGAGGCGGAGGAGGGAGGCGGCUCUUAUUUUGACACGGCGGCAGUGGCAGCGGCGGCGGCGGCGGCGCCUGCCUGGAGUGGCUGCUCGUCUGGAGCGGAGCGAGCGCUCCUCUUUCCCCCAAAUGAGCAGUCUGCGGCGGGCGGCGGGAGGCGGACGCGGCGGCGGCGGGCGCUGCCCGUUGGCACCGGCUUCAGUGGAGGGCGAGGCCGGCUCGGGCGCGGCGCGGAGGGGCGGCGCGAGAGCUUCAGGGUGCCCGCCGACGGCCCCCUCCAGGGCCAGGCCCGGCAAGUGAGAGCGAAAGAGGAGCAGCAGCAGCAGCAGCAGCAGCAGGAAGACGACGAGCAGCCAGUCGCCGCCGCCGCCGCCGCGCGUCCUGCCCGCGCCCCGAAGGCUUUAGCAGCAGCAGCAGCAGCAGCGCCGCCGCCGCCGCCCUCCUCCCGCCGCCGCGAGCAUGGGCCAGCCCCGCGGCGAUCUCCGCUCCUGAGCAGGUCUUUUGCCCCCCGCCUGGGAAGCCGCAGCAGGGACUUGGGGCCGCCUCCAGGGUCGCCUGCUGCUGGAAGCCUCCGCUAGUCCAAUGCACCCUGACAGUAAACUGGCCAGCCAUGGAAAGACAGGCGGCGGCGGCGGCGGCGGCCAGCUCCAGCUCCACAACGUGAGCCAGAGCCCCGCCUGCGGCCUGAGUGCGAAGGGCCUGGGGGCAGGGGCCCAUGGCGGCGGCGGCAGCAAGGCCAGCCAGCCUGCCCCCGGUGGCUCGGGGCUGAAGAACAGCCAGGCCCCCGUCCCCACCUUUGGGGCCCUGAAGGGCAAAGUCAAGCGGGAGCAGAGUGUCUCUGGGGACUCCGGAGAGCGGCGGGAAGCCGGCGCUGCUGCUGCCGCCGCCGCCGCCACCUCCCUGGACAAGGAGCUGAAAGGUGAGGUGGCCCCUCGCAGCAAGCGGCGCUGCGUGCUGGAGCGGAAGCAGCCCUACAGUGGCGACGAAUGGUGCUCCGGGCCCGACAGUGAGGAGGAUGACAAGCCCCUCGGCAGCACCCACAACUGUAACGCAGCAGAGUCGGCGAUGACCGCGGCCUCGCAGCUGGGCCCGGGACCCAAUCCGCUGCCAGCCCUGAGUGAGAGCAACGCCUCCAGCACGCCCCACGGCACGGCCCCCGGCUUGAGGCCGGAUGCUGGCAGCGGGGGCGGGAAGCAGCCCUUGCAGUUCGUCUAUGUCUUCACCACCCACCUCGCCAACACGGCCGCCGAGGCUGUCCUACAGGGCCGCGCGGACUCGAUCCUGGGCUACCACCAGCAGCAUGUGCCCCGGGCCAAGCUGGACCAGGCACCCGUCCCGAAGCUGCAGGCCGCUCCCGAGCCGCUCCCGGUUGCCCCGUCUCCCGCCAGCACCCCGCAGUCUCAGGCCGCCGUGCCUCCCAGCAGCCAGGCCCAGGGCCAGCCCCCACCUCCUGCCCUGCCCUCCCAGCCCCCGGCAGCCCCACCGCUGAGUCUGGGCCAGGGGCCGCCGCCGCCGCCGCCGCCCGUGAAUGCCCUCCCCCAGGAGGGGGCUCCCGAAGACCCCCGCCGGGACUUGACGCCCAACUCGGUGGGCAACGGCAGCAGCAGCACCGCCCCCAGCGGCACCCACCCCAGCACGCCCACCGCCCCCAGCUCCCUGUCUGCCAGCACUGCCGAGGGCUUGCUGGGGGAAGCCGCCGGCUCGGGGCCCCCCUCGGCAGGGAAUGGCCCCCGCAACCCCCUCAACACGGAGGGCCUCUCCAAGGAGCAGCUGGAACACCGGGAGAGGUCGCUGCAGACGCUGCGAGACAUUGAGCGCCUCCUGCUGCGCAGCAGCGAGGCCGAGCCCUUCCUCAAGGCGGGCGAGGGGGGCGCCCUGCCUCCCGCCCAGGCCCCGCCUCCCCCCCAGGCCGCCCAGGCCCCGCCUCCCCCCGGGGCGGGCCUGAAGAAGUACGAGGAGCCCCUGCAGUCCAUGAUCUCCCAGACCCAGAGCCUGGGGGGGCCCGGCCUGGAGCAGGAGGGGCCGGUGCCCCCGGGGCUGGACGUGGGCCAGCAGAUGAACCUGAUGAUGCAGCGGCUGGGGCAGGACAGCCUGACGCCCGAGCAGGUGGCCUGGCGCAAGCUGCAGGAGGAGUACUACGAGGAGAAGCGCCGCAAGGAGGAGCAGGUCGGCAUGCACGGGGCGCGGCCCCUGCCGGACAUGAUGCUGCCCCAGCCCCUGGGGGGCAUGAUGCUGCGCGGGCCCCCGCCCCCCUACCACAGCAAGCCCGGCGAGCAGUGGCUGCUGCGGGGAGUGCCCAUGGAGCCCCUGCAGGAGCCCCUGCAGCUGCGGCCAGCCUUCUCGGGGCCCCGCUUCCCCGGGAACCAGCUGCCGCGGGGCUUUGCGGGGAUGCAGAACCUGCCCCUGGAGACGCUGGGCCCCAUGAGCUCCAUGCAGCGCCCCGGGCGGCCCGGCAUGGCCUGGAGCGAGGACAUGCCCCUGGGGGGCCCGGGCAACUUUGCCCCGGGGAACCUGCCCUACCCGCCGGGGCCGGGCGAGGCGGAGCGCUUCCUGACGCCGCGCGCCCGCGAAGAGAUCUUGCGGCAGCAGCAGCAGCUGCUGGAGAAGCGCCAGGCGGGGCUGCAGCGGCCCCUGGGCGUGGAGAUGGAGCGCGUGAUGCAGGCCCACCGGCAGAUGGAGCCGGCCAUGUUCGCGGGCGAAGGGCUGGGCAUGGAGUUUGCCGGCUCGCGGGCCAUGAUGAGCCCGCCGCUGCGGGAGAUGGAGCCGGCCCUGGGCCCCGGCAACCUCAACAUGAACAUGAACGUCAACAUGAACAUGAACAUGAACUUGAAUGUGCAGAUGACCCCCCAGCAGCAGCAGCAGCUGCUGAUGUCGCAGAAGAUGCGUGGCCCCGAGUUGCUGCCCGCCGAGGAAAUGGCCCGGGCACGUGCCCCCAACGGCACGGGGGCGAUGAUGAGCGGCGGCCCCCCCAAAAUGAUGAUGGGCUCCCCCUUCUCCAACCAGGGGCAGCAGAGCUUCCCGGCGGUGCAGGGCCCCUACCCGGCUGUGCCCCAGGAGAUGGGCAGCGCGCCCGACAUGUUUGGCUCGGAGCAGGGCGGCCUGGGCAGCACGACCCGCCUCAGCCACAUCCCUCUGCCCCCCACCACCAACGCGCCCCCCACCAGCCUGCACCAGGCGCCCGCACGGGGCCUGGGCCGCCGCCCUUCGGACCUGGCCCUCAACAUGGGGCAGAUGAACUCGCCCAGCGUGGGCUGCCUCAAGUCCCCGACCCUCAGCCAAGUCCACUCUCCGCUGGGCACCUCUCCUUCGGCCAACCUCAAGUCCCCACAGACGCCGUCGUCCGCCCUGGUCAGCCUGCCAGCCCCCAGCGCCCCCCUCAAAUCUCCUCAAGUCCUCAGCUCUGUGCUCAGCGUCCGCUCCCCCACCAGCUCCCCCGGCCACCUCAAGUCCCCGAGCAUGGCAGUGUCCUCUCCGGGCUGGGUGCCGUCCCCCAAAAACGCCCUUUCCAGCCCUGGGAUUGGCCAGAACAAGCCCGCCCUUGGAAUGAGCAACUCUGCACCCCUGGGCAGCCUUGAGCAAGAUCCACCCCCGUCCCAGAACCCUCUGUCGCUCAUGAUGUCCCAGAUGUCCAAGUACGCCAUGCCCAGCUCCACCCCUCUCUACCACAACGCCAUCAAGACCAUCGCCACGUCCGACGAUGAGCUGCUCCCCGACCGGCCGCUGCUGCCCUCUGGCGCCAUGCCGGGCAUGGGAGGGGCCCAGCCCAGCCAGAUGGCCAUGAACUCCCUGGGCCCGGCUCCUGCGCAGAGCCCCAUGGGCAUGGCCCUUCCUGGACAGCAGCCGCUCUCCCACGAGCCGCCGGCCCCCACCCUGUCCUCGCCAGGCCCCCUGGGCGCCAGCAUGCCCAUGCACAGCGGCGCCCCGCCCCAGAAUCCGAUGCUGCUGCCCCCCGGGCCCCAAGACUCCCUCGGCCAGCCCUGCGGCCCUCCUGGCCAGCUGGUGUUCCCGCCGCGCCUCCAGCAGCCCCCGGCCAACGGCGGUGGCGGCGGCAUGCCCAUGGCUCCAGGAGGAGGCGCCAGUGGGCCGGGGGGGCCUCCCCACUACCCGCCUGGCCUGGGCCUGCCUCCGGAAGAGCUGCCUCCCUCGCAGCCCGGCCAGCAGCAGCAGCAGCAGCAGCAAGCGCCUCCCCCGCCUCCGCAGCAGCAGCAGCAGCAGCAGCGCCUGGCCGGCCGGCUGCCCGAGUCCUACCCCUCGGUGGCUUCGGUGCUCAGCGACCCGGAGCUGAGCGACGUCAUCCGCCCCACGCCCACCGGCAUCCCGGAGUUCGACCUCUCGCGCAUCAUCCCGUCCGAGAAGCCCAGCAGCACCCUGCAGUACUUCCCCAAAGGCGAGGGGCAGCAGCUGCCCAAGGCCCAGCCGCCCUCCAACCUGCACCUCAUGAACCUGCAGAACAUGAUGGCGGAGCAGGCCCCGGCCCGGCCCGGCCCCCAGGGCAUGCAGCGCGCCAUGGCCAUGUGCCACCCCGGACAGGUGCCCGUGCUGGGCAGGACAGGCCUGGCGCCCCAGCAGGCCAUGAUGGGCAACAGCCUGCACCAGGGCAUGAUGCUGCCGCCGCCGCCCCAGCAGCAGAGCCUCCUGGCCCAGCAGAACUUCCUGCUGAUGCAGGCCAAGCAGCGCAGCCUGUCGGUCUCGGGCGAGGGGUACGCCCAGCCGGCCCACCUGCUGGCCAGCCAGGGCUCCCUCAUGGGCCCCCCGGGGCCCCAGCAGAGCCUCAUGGGGCCCCACGCCCUGCGCCAGCGCAGCGUCUCCCUGGACAGCCAGAUGAGCUACGGCCCCGGACCCAGCAGCAUGGCCAACCUGCCCUUCUGAGGGGCGGGGGGGGGCAGGGGGGGCGGCACAGAGUUUGGUUUGGAUUCUUCCUCUGAGUGUGAAUUUCUUUUUCUUUCUUUCUCUCCCCCCCCCACUUUUUUUUUUAAAUAAAGAAGCAACCAAAAUGUGCAAGAGGGUUUGGAAAAGCUGUAAAUAGGGUUAGGGGGAAGCCACAGCAAGUGCUUGCUGGCUUGCAAUUGUUUGUAUUUCUGUGUUUUAAUAGAAGCCUCAAUACCUGUCUUGAAGGAGAGAGAGGGAGGAGACAGACAACAGCCCAUUGGCAAGAUGCAGUGCGGUGUGGGCUGCCGGGUGCCCGGGCGUGCCUCAGGCCUCUCUGCCAGGUGCCUGCAGCUGGGGGUUGGGGUCGCGCUUUGGGCACCCCUGAUGGAGCAGCCUCUGCCCUGCCCCGAUGGCUGGUGGCUUCACGAGGGGCAGGGAUCUCUCGGCUUGCCUGGUCUCUUGGCCCAGCAAGGGCUGUUGCCAACCAGCCACGUGGUGGGUGCAGGAGGGUCUCUGCCGAGAUGGCCCGGAAUCGCACACACGCACACACACACACACACCCUCCCCCUUGUCCGGGUCUGCCAGGACCUUAAGAAGUCCCCAAGGAGGCCAGGAGCAGCUUGGGCAGCCCGGCUCCCUUCCCCAGGCAGUGGGCACCCUCUUCUUCAUGCCUCCCUGCUGGCAUCCCUGAGAGGUGGGUGGGGAAGUGCCACCUCUGGGCCCUCUGCUUUUGACGGGCUGCAGUUGCCACCCACACAAUCUCACAAGCUGAGCAGAUCCGUGCCUUCCUCCCCCCCACCCCAUCUCCGCCUUUACUCCUGGGGAGUAGCAAGAGCAGAACUGGGCCAGCAGAUGGAUCCGGAAGCUUCUGGGCGGAGGUUGUCGCGAGGGUGACCCUGCCCUAGUUAAGAGAGCGCUGGCUUUGGCUUCCUGGGCCUGCAUUGGUUCCUUUUUAGGAACGGGCUUCCGGAACGGUUGGGCCAGGCUGAAGCCGACUUGGCCUGGAUGCUGAAGGUGUUUGUAGCAGGAGGGAGCGCUCUCCUUUUGCGUCCAAGGAUGAGCGGAGGGAAUCCACCUGCACUUCAUGGAUUGCACAGAAACGUUUCUUCCAGACAGGCCCAACUGUUAAACGCCCCCUCCGGAAACACACCCCUAACUGGGGGCUGGGGGUCAGCCUUGGGCUCCCCAGCACCUGCUCCCUCUCAGGGGGAAAUGGCUCAGGCUUUGGGGGGUCUCCUGGGUGCGUUGGUGCUCAGGCCAGAGAGUGCCCAGCCAAGAGGGACCCUUUGGAAUCCGGGAGGCUCCUGCGGCUUUUCAGCCCUGGCUUGCUGCCUUCCCUCGUGUCCUGGGGAUUCGGUUUCAGGGUCCUGGACCCCGGUAAUUUCCGCUGGUAGCCAUAAGCAGAAAACCCAAGUCUCAGAGAUGUGUUGGUGGUCGAGAGAAGCAGGGCCCCCGCUCGGGCCCCCGUGUCCCUGUAUGCUUUUGCCCAGUGCUUCAAGCCCCUCCGCCAGAAUUGCGCUUCCCCUGCCUGCCUGCCCUUUGCUGAAGGGAGGCGAGGGUUGUGCCGCAGGAGGCUUCAGGCCUUGCAGCGAAGGCACCAUUGCUGACUGUGGAGGGGCACGGCGUUGGCACCAUGCUUGUGGGAACCGUGGCUGACCCCUUGUGGGGCGGGAGGGGUGAAGGGUUGCCAGUGAAGUCACCACGGCUGGUGCCAUUUCCAUCUCCAGUGGGCCCUCGAAUGGUCCUUUCCCUACCCCGAGUAAGGGUUGCACGGAGUGAAGCAAGAAGCGGGUGUCGUCUUUCUCACACACACACACCCAGCAGUGAGGAAUCGGGGGGGGGGGCUACUACACUGCAAUGCAAGUGGCGAGGGGGGGGUUUCAAUAUGCCUCUGCUCAGUAAUGGGGUACAGUGGUGAAGAGGGGGACCUUGGUUGUCCUGGAAAUAAAAGGGAACUCUUCCCGCCUGGGGUGGCCGUGUCCCUCUGUGGCCGGCACACCUGGGAAGGAAGCCUCUGGCCGCCUCACCAGCACGGUGGCCCUGCAGCCCCCUCUCCCCCCCCCCCCCCGCCGGCGCUGUGAACGUCUCGUGGCUUGUGCUUCCUGGCUGGGCUCUCCACUGUGGGGUGUCCGCUGAAGCUGCCCGGUGAGUGGGCCUGUCUCGCCCCAGCCAGCCCGUCCGUCUCUCCGGCUUAGGGAGAACCAUUUCAAGCCAUCUCAAAUGCUGCCCUGAGUGAUGGUGAUGGGGACCGGCCUGCUCUCUGUCAUCCCCUGGGCGGGGGGCGGGGGGGGGCUGCCACCCAUGCAUUUUGUACCAUUCUAUAAAUAUAUAUAUAUAUAAAUAUAAAUAUAUAAAUACAAUAUGUGAAGACAUCUUAUUGGUUUUUAUUUUGAAAUGAUUUCUAGGCUUGUUUUUGGGUAUCUGUGCUGCCUGUAACGUAUUGAUUGACCUGUUUUAUAGGUGCCUUUUUAUUAAAAAGAGACAUUUCAA